UCUUUUCCAAAGUUUCGCCCCUUUUGCUUCUCUUGUCACUUGCUGGAUUUUUUUAUACAUACUCCGACGACCUGACUUUUCCAUUUUCCAUUUUUUUUUGCUUUUUUAAUUUUUAUACUUACUAUUUUUUAAAUUAAUUAAUUUUUCUUUAGCAAAUGAGCAACACGGGAAUCGGCAGCAGAAGUAACAGCAUCAGCAACAGCGCGCACGAACAGGCAGUCAGCGAGCCCAAUUCGCCCAAGCUCUCGGCAUCGCGCUCGGCAUCGCCAUCGUCCAUGGACCCCGGUAGCCCCAUGGGUCUGGGCGACGCCGACCCGAACGUCGUAAAGUCGUUCAGACCGUUGGAGGUCAACAUGUCGUACGAGAUGCCAACCGGCAAAGACUACCCCAUUAACCCAGCGCCGCGGGACCGGCCUGUACGGUUGUACUGCGACGGCAUCUACGACCUGCUUCACUACGGGCAUAUGCGUGCGCUGGAGCAGGCGAAGAAGUCGCUGCCCAAUGUCUACCUGAUGGUCGGUAUGUGCAACGACGAGGACACGCAUUCACGCAAGGGAAAGACUGUGCAGUCGGAUCGUGAGCGCUACGAGUCUAUGCGUCAUUGCCGCUGGGUUGAUGAAGUAAUUCCCGAUGCCCCGUGGAUCGUCACGCAGGAUUUCCUUGACCUACACGAGAUCGACUACGUCUGCCACGAUGAUCUUCCUUACGCCAGUGCUGAGAGCGACGACGUGUAUGCCUUUGUCAAGGCGCAGGGCCGCUUCCUGCCCACACAACGCACUGACGGCGUGUCGACAUCCGAUCUGAUCACCCGCAUUGUGCGCGACUAUGACAAGUACCUGCGCCGCAACCUCGAGCGCGGAAUGAGCCCCAAGGAGCUCAACGUCGGCUUCCUCAAGGAGCAGGAGCUUAACAUUCAGAAGCAGGUGUCGGUGAUUCGCGACCACAUCAAGAAGAACUUUUUAGGCACGCGCGAGGACCUGGUUGGUGAGCUCGAGGAUCUCAAAGCUGAGCUGCGCCAUACCAAACAGCAUUGGGAUGACCGCCGCCAGGACUUUGUUCGCGAGUUUACGUCAAGGUUUGGCUCGCAGGUUAACAAGUUCUUUGGCCGGAAACGCCGCGACCAGGACGACAGCCCGCAGGAAGAGGGGUCUCCUGUAAAGCGCACGCGCCCGGGAUCAGCCAAGGACAGCGACAAUGUUUCUUCUGAGGCAGAGGCGUCUGGAUCGGGUGCCUCGGGCCAGUAGAGGUCUGACGUAGGAAGCUGUCCAUUCAUUUCAUUUUUUUAAUUUUUUUUUGCAUUUUUUUUUCAGUCAUCAUUUGGGUGUCUUUUUUGUGCUAAAUCGAUCUCUCGUUAAUCCUUUUGCACUUGAUUGAUUUUUGAUCAAUAAGAUACUCUGGAUUUUUUUAAAAAGUAAUUUCGACUUUCU